UAUUUUGACUUUUGACCUCCUGAGUAAAUAUGUUCCUUGCUUUUGACAGCUUGAUACACGUAAAGCUAAAUUGAAAAUAUUUACACAGUGAUUUUGUUAAAAACAAAACAGAAUAUGUAUUAACCUGCACGAUACGAAAACGAUGAAUAUAUCUUCAAUAAAAACAAACGACAAUGAUUCCCCUAAAACUCCAGGCGGUAUUAGCAAGUCGUAUUUAACUCCUUGCCGUCGUGUAGGACUUUCACGUAAAUGGAAAAAAGGUGGAGUUUCGCCCUUUAUAUCACCGUUAUCUAGUGCCAAUAGUGAGAAGGAGUCGCCUUGCUCAUCGCAAAACCAUCCGAGCAGAAAGAGAAAGAAAAUAUGUGAUAACGAAGUAGUUGAAAAAAACAUUGAGGACGAAUCUAGUGUAGAAAUAGUUGAUAACUGUAACACUCCUAAAGUAAAUGUCGAUAGAACACCUACGAGAGCUUUAUUGCUUAGGAAGAAAUCUAAAUGUAUUAUAACACCCCAAAAAUGUCAGGAGGAAGUUGAAAAUAUCCCCCAAAGUAUAUCAGAACUUAUCAAGAAUGUUAGUAAUGAUAACUUACCAAAAGAUACUCAUAUGAAAAUAAACGCAGUGUCCAAUAUUACUGAUGACGAAAAUAUUGAAAAAGAGACUAAAAAAGUUUCUAAAGUAUCUAAGCUAUCUAGGAGUAAUUCUAAAAAUAGUAAUAAACUUCAAAUUGUUGAAUCUCCUAUGAAAAACAUAACAGAACCCAUAAAAAGAGAAGAAUUUACUGAAACCUCUGAUAUUGGUAAAAAUUUAGAAGGUACACACAACAAAUUGGAUUUUAAAAGUAAAGAAGUAAAAUGUCCAAAUAAUUUAAGUAAAGAAUGUGUGAUUGUUUUACAGAGAAAAAUUUUUAAAUCUAUUAAAAAUACUAAUAAUGAUAAGUUAUUGUCUUCAAAGCAUAUAAAAGAAAAUAUACAAACACAAAAACCUGCAUCUCAAACAUUAUUUGAUUCAGACUCAGAUGAUGUACCACUUUCUGACUUCAAUAAAACAAAAACUGAUAAUUUUAUAGACAUAAAAAACGAUAACCAGAAAGAUAACAAUACAAUUGUAGAGAAGAGAACUCAAAAUAAAAUAGACAAAAAUGAUUGCAUUGAAAACAUUCAAAAUACCAAAAAUCUUAGAAAUGUAAGCCAUUGUGAUGAUGAUGAUUUCAUAGAUAAAAAGACAGUUAAUGUUAGGAAAGUAAAAAAAACUACAUGUACAACUGGUUUGAAGAUUAAAGCAAAAGAACAACCAUACAAAACUAAACUACAACUGAAACAGGAACCUAAACUGUCAUCACAGAGUUCUAAUUCUAUAGACAGUGAUGAUGAUUUUGAUUAUAGCAAAACUAAGACUAUAUUGAUAAAAAGAACAUAUGACAAAGUAGCCAAGCCAGUGAAAGCUAAAUCAACAGGUUCUAUAACCCAGAAAGAUAUAGAUGACAUAAAAGCAAGAAUAGAAUCCAAGAAAACCCUAUUACUUGCCAAAGCAAUGGUGAAUGAAUCUAAAGAGUUGAGAGAUUUGAUUAAAAAAUGGCGUCUAGGUUGCCAGAAAGCAUUAAUGGACCUUUUAGAUUUAAUGAAGGUAAAGCUAGAGAAGAAUGUGGAAUAUUCAGAAUUAUUAGAUAUGUUGAACAUACCACCAGAUUUGGUUGGUUACAAUUCAGAUAAUGAUUGUUUUAAUACACCAGAUGACGCAUCUGUUAUUUUAUCUGCAUUAAAAAUUGAUUAGUUAAUAGUUUAAAUUUGAUAAUAUUAUCUUUUAAGUUGCAAAUUGAUUGUUUAGUUUUUUUUUUGUAAUUUGAAAAAUGUUUUAUUGUUGUGUAUGUA